UAACCCCACACCGGCACCCCCACCAGCUGCUUUGGCCUUUUGCCUUCACCAUUUCAACAACAAUCAGCCAACAUCCCAGUGGCCCGACUCUGGACGGACGGGGAACAUCGAUCUUGAUUGUUACAUUACUUGCAACAAAAGAAUCUGCAGCCAGCCUCUUAUCCUGGUUUUGCAGUUCUUUCCCGUCUCCGGUAGCCCCGGCGUUGCCUACCGGAACCUCAGCGACGAAGGGAACCUUCUACCUGCAGACUAUCUAUACCCCACCGGAAUUAUUUCACAUUUCCAGAUACACCUGCCAAGAUGGCCGCCCGAAUGGCAAACGGCACAGUCAAUGUGACCGCCCAUAUGAUCACGGCGCUCUUUCCCAAGAUGAACGACCCCGACCCUGACUUUCGGUUCAUGGCCUUGAGUGAUGUUCUCACGUACCUUAAUAUUGGACGGCCGGAUCUUCUAAACCAUGACUACAACGCAGCGUCUCGCACCGUGGACCAUGUCGUGAAGGCGCUGGAUGACCAGAAUGGCGAGGUCCAAAACCAGGCCAUCAAAUGCCUCGGUCCGUUGGUCAAAAAGCUCCCCUCCAGCCUCAUCGGGCCGCUCAUAGAAAAGCUUGUGGCUCUGAGACUCGAGAACUCGGUCGAUAAUGCUAUCCGAGCUAUAGCCGUGCGUACAGUUGUCGAGGCCCUUCCCCGGCCUAUCCCUGGCACGCAGCCCCCGCCCGAGGUUUUCGAGGCCUAUGCUAGCAUCGCCCGCGUGCUCCUUCCACGAUUCCUUCGACGCACUACUACUGGGCAAGGGAUGUUGGAGAAAGACCAAGGUCAAACCUCGGAUGUAAUCGAUGUCCUGAUUGAGGUUGUUCGUUGCUUUGGCCCAGUGCUUGAGUCGGCCGAGAUAGAGGCUUUGCAAGCCGGCUACAUAGCUCUCUUGGACAAGGACAACUGCACCUCCGCCGUCAAGAAACGCACCGUUGUGGCCAUCUCUAUGCUUGCAAAAUAUCUACCGGACGGUCCUUUCCUGGCGUUUUUGGACCGUGCAGUCGCGAUUCUUAAGAAGCCGAACCUCAGCCCCGUUACCCGGCGUAUCUACCUCACCAUUCUUGGGUCCAUGGCUCGAUCAAUCCCUCGACGCUUUAGCCCACAUAUUCCAUCUCUCGUUCCUUUUGUUCUGCAGGCUCUAGGUGAAGAGGAGUUACAGGCACAGCUUGACGAGAUCAGUGAGGGCGGUGGUGACUCUGGCUUGGAGUUCAACGACGUCAGAGAGGCGGCCCUUGUGGCUCUGGAUGCCUUCUUAUCGUCCUGCCCGACACAGAUGCGCCCCUUCACCGAGGAGGCGAUCGCCUCCUGUCUUCGAUAUCUCAAGUACGACCCGAACUAUGCCGUAAACGAGGAUGAGGAAAUGGAGGAGGACCAGGAUGACGAUAUCGACGAUUUCGAGGAUGAUGACGAGUUUGAGGCCGACGCUGGCUUCGACGAUGAUGACGACGCCAGCUGGAAGGUGCGGAGAUGUUCGGCCAAGGCCCUCUACACCAUCGUUUCCACUAGAAGUAGUGGCGACCUGCUCGAUAACGGGGUCCUCUACAACCUGGCUGCUCCAACCCUCGUUAAGAGGUUCGAUGAACGCGAAGAGAACGUUCGGCUGGAGAUCCUAUCGACAUUGUCCCUUUUGAUUCGAAAGACUGGGGAGGGCAUCAUUCCGGAAUUCUCCAUCAACGACUCCGAGGCCGAACUCCUGAAUCAGUUGCCCCAGAGCCGCAAGCGCAGACGCCAGAACAGUGGCGGCGGGGCGUCGGCCUUCGCCAUUACCAUCUCCUCUGGCAUGUCCGGGACCGGCCUCACUUCGCCCACGAUGGAGAAAAUACCUGCCAGUGGACCUCGUGCCGACCUUGCGCGGCUUACCCCCGCCAUUGUCAGGGGUGCGACCAAGUUGCUGAGGGGUAACCUCAUUCCAACCAAGCAGGCUACCAUCAGCCUCCUGCACGAUAUGAUUGCCGUUCAGCGUGGCGGCUUGGCCGAGUACUUCGACCAGAUGAUCGAUCCAAUCAUCGGGGCAAUCCAGUCAUCCGGCGCCUCUUCCACUUCGGCGCCGUUGUCAGUCGCAGGAGGGAAUUCUUCUGCAACACCGAGCACUCUGAGAAUUGCUGCGCUACGUCUGACUGGCGACAUUGCUAAGAACCACUCGUCGACCGUUUUGCAGCCCCAUCUCACAAAGAUCGUGGAGGCAGUCGUCGCUGUUGUCUAUGACCGUUUCUACAAGAUCUCUGCCGAGGCAAUCCAGACGGUCGAAGAAGUCGUGAAAACGAUCACGCCCCCACGGUCACGCAAAACGGCCCAGAAAUACAAGUCGGAACUCCAGAAGCUCUACGAUGUCAUUGUCGACAGGGCAACAGCAAAUGAUGCCGAUGUCGAAGUCCGAAACAAGGCGAUUCAUGCCCUGGGGACACUCCUUUCCCGGACGUCAGGGGCCGAAGGCUUAGCGCUGUUGCCCGCCGAUAAACGGAGCGCCGGGCUUGCCCAUCUCGCACAGCGUCUCAAGAGCGAGACAACAAGGCUCGCCGCUGUCAGGGCUGUCGACACUGUCGCUGCAUUGUCUUCCAGCGCUGACCAGUUUCCCCCACAAUGGGUCCAGCAGGUUGCCUCGGAGCUAGCUGCCCAGCUACGCAAGGCAAACCGGUCCCUCAGGGGUUCCAGUGUGCAAGCUCUCAAGCAUCUCGCUCUCUCUCCCGCCACCAAGGGCACAAUGGACGAAGCGUCAAUCCAAGCCAUCGUCACUGGGCUCAUUCCCGCAAUCAUCCAAAACGAUGCUCAGCUUCUGGGACCUGGUCUACUCGUGCUUGCGCAUCUUGUUCGAGAAAAGCCGAAGGUGGUUGUGACUCCGCAGCUUAUCAACGCCUUGUGUGAGCUGCUGAAAUCGACCUUCCCUGUCUCUGUCCUCGACUCGCUGCAGACUCUUGUCACGAACAUUGGCGAGGCUGGCGAAGGGCGGCAGCUGAUGGCCGGUUUCCUCAAGGACGUUGGGAUCAAUGGAGAUCCAUCGGUUGUCGGGAAGGUCACGGGAACACUUCUCGUCGCGAGUGGCGAUUCGGCCGGAGUUACUAUGGAUAGCUUCGUCCAAGAGCUCCAGGCGAAUUCCCAAGACCAAUCCAGGGCCAGCCUCGCCCUGGCAGUACUUGGAGAAACAGGCUUGAGACUCGGGACUAAGUCUCCGCUCGACCCCAGUAUUUUCCUUGCCCGAUUUAACGCCGACUUGGACAAGGUGGCCCUCACCGCGGCUGUUGCGCUUGGUCGUGCAGGGGCAGGAAACAUUUCUGCAUAUCUUCCUGUCAUUCUCCAGCGACUGGAGAAGCCGGGGGGCAGCCAAUACCUGCUCCUCCAAUCAGUCAAGGAGAUCCUGCAGCAGGCGGCGGUCUCUGCUGCAGACAUCAGCGAGUUCUCUGACGGCAUUUGGAAUCAACUCCUUGCUGCCGCCAAAGCCGAGGACAACAAGGCUGUCUGUGCCGAAUGCCUGGGGCGCAUAGUCAUCAUUGAUCCCAGCACCUACAUGCCCAAGCUGGAGCUACUCCUCCGGAACGAGUCUCGGGCUCUGAGGGCCAUAGCGGUGCAGGCGCUCCGAUACACACUCCCAGAUGAGAAUGAGGCGUUCGACACGGUUCUGAGGUCCCAUUUGGUUGAUAUGCUCAAGAUCAUGCUGGAUGAUCCCGACAUGGAAAUCCGGCGUCACGCAAUGUCGACGCUGAAUUCUGCAGCCCACAACAAGCCUGGCCUGAUCCUCGGCCAUCUCGGUCAACUGGUGCCAUAUGUCAUGAACGAGUCAAUUAUCAAGCCAGAGCUCGUUCGCGAAGUCCAAAUGGGCCCGUUCAAGCACCUGGUCGACGACGGGCUCGAGGUCCGCAAGGCCGCCUACGAGACACUCUAUGCGCUCAUGGAGACGGCCUUCUCGCGCAUUAGCAUCAUCGACCUGUAUGACCGAGUCAUCGCCGGUCUCAAAGACGAUAAUGAUAUCCGCGGUCUCUGCAACUUGAUGGUGUCGAAGCUCGCCUUCAUUGACCCCGACGAGACCAAUCGCCGUCUCGACUCUAUUGCCGAAGCCUACCGUGUGACGCUGUCCACAACCCUCAAGGAGAGCGCGGUCAAGCAGGAGCUUGAGAAGCAGGAGGAAGCCAACAAGAGUGUCCUGCGGGUAAGCCUGCUGCUUGGUGACCGGUUCAAGCCGGGGUCCAAUCUCGCCAGCGGAGGAGCAGCGAGUGGUUCGACGUGGGACAUGUACUGGGCUUGGGUCAACAAAGACUUCUCUAGCCAGCUCAAGAGCCUACGCGAAGAGAGCAAGGAAAUUGCCGCUGGUGGUUCUGAUGGGGCGUAGAUAGACAGGGGCAUCGGUAUCAUGCUUAACCUCGAUUCAUACUACGUAGCAAGUCAUUCCAAACUUGAACUUAAGUUUAUCCUGGC